AUGCCUCCUGUUCAAGCUGUUUACGCUCAAAACCAACCCUCGAACUUUGAUAAGUUCAAAAUGGGUCUAAUGAUGGGUACUACAGUCGGUAUUUGUACUGGUAUCCUUUUCGGAGGGUUUGCUAUAAUAACCCAAGGCCCAGGUCCAAAUGGUGUAGUAAGAACUUUAGGACAAUAUAUUGCUGGCUCAGCCGCUACGUUUGGUCUAUUUAUGAGUAUCGGUUCUGUCAUUAGAUCUGAUUCUAAUGCUUCGCACUGGGCUCAUAAGCCUAUUUCCAGACUGCAGGAAGAAGCUAGAAUGGAAAUAUGGAAAAUUAGAGCCAAGCAUGGUUUAUACAAGAGUAACUAG